AUGUCCUCUGAGAAGAGCCAAGCUACCGUGGCCGCAGCUGUCAGUCCAACUCCUGCGUGGAGGGGAUACUGGAAGUUGACCCGACUGCACCUGUGGCCAGCCGGCACCAUCCUUUUUUUCUGGCCUUGCAUAUGGGGUAUUACCAUGACCGCGUAUGCCCAGAGCCUCCCGCCCAAGAUAAUCGCCGUGCAGGGAGCUGUGUACCUCCUGGGCUGUACCAUAAGACAUAACGCGGCCUGCGUAUGGAACGACAUAUGUGAUCGCGACUUCGACCGUCAAGUUGAACGCACGAAGAUCCGGCCUAUCGCGUCCGGAGCUAUCUCGAUACCGGCGGCACUGGGGUUCCUCGCCGCCCACCUCGUUGCAUUCAUUGGCAUCCUGGCACUCGCUGGACCGGAAGCGCUGAAAAUAGGCCUUUUCGGCCUGUUCACCUUCGAGGCGAUCUAUCCGUUGUCGAAGAGAUUCACGCACUGGCCACAAGCAUGGCUAGGCUUUGACUGCGCAUGGGGCUUCCCCGUGGUGUGGGUCUCGAACAACCCCAAUGCGGAUCUGAGGAUCAUUGCUGCGCUCGUCCUUGGUGUCGUCUGCUGGACCAUCCACUUCGAUACCGUCUAUGCGUGCCAAGACAAGGAGGAUGACGUGAACGCUGGCGUACAUUCAUGCGCCCUCCUUUUCGGCGACUAUCUCCGUCCGAUCCUGUCGGUGUUCGCGGCCGGUUUCGUUGCCUCUCUUGCGUAUGUCGGUGUCUUGAAUGGUCAGGGCCCGCUGUAUUUCGCUGUAACAGUCGGCGGAGCGGCCCUUCACAUGCUUUGGCAACUGACGAGACCGGACAUGGAAAAGGAGGGAGGAAAGAUCUGGAGGUCGAACAACGAUCUUGGUUACGUCAUUUGGGGAGGUAUGCUGCUCGACUAUGCACACAAGCUGAUGGUGGCUUGAAGUUCAGAGUCGUUGUCUCAUAUUGUGUGAUUAUACCCUUGGGCUCUGGAAGCCAUGUUUCUGUACUGG